CGGCUCCUGGCUCCUGCUAGGUUCGGCGGCGGUGGGAGCGCGCAGGCGCGGCUGGAGGCUCGCAGAGCGGGGAGUAGCGGCGCGGAGCGCGCGGGAAUCAUCAUCCAGGGACCUGCCAGAGACCACAAGAAAACAUGGGGAGGAUUUUCCUCACAGGAGAAAAAGCCAAUUCAGUAUUGAAACGCUACCCAAGAGCUAAUGGACUUUUUGAAGAAAUAAGACAGGGCAACAUUGAGCGUGAAUGCAAAGAAGAAAUCUGCACAUUUGAAGAAGCAAGAGAAGCUUUUGAAAAUAAUGAGAAAACUAAGGAGUUUUGGAACACCUACACAAAAGCACAGCAAGGAGAGAGUAGCCGAGGAAGUGACUGGUUUCAGUUUUACCUUACGUUUCCUUUAAUCUUUGGCCUCUUCAUUAUCCUUCUUGUCAUUUUCCUAAUUUGGAGAUGCUUCCUCAGAAACAAAACUCGCAGGCAGACAGUAACUGAAGGCCACAUUCCUUUUCCUCAGCACCUUAAUAUCAUCACUCCACCUCCCCCACCAGAUGAAGUAUUUGAUAGCAGUGGAUUGUCACCAGGCUUUCUGGAAUAUGUAGUUGGGCGCUCAGAUUCGGUCUCCACUCGCCUAUCCAACUGCGAUCCUCCACCCACCUAUGAGGAAGCCACUGGCCAGGUGAACCUCCGAAGGAGUGAAACAGAACCUCACUUAGACCCACCCCCAGAGUAUGAGGACAUCAUCAAUUCCAGCUCAGCCAGUGCCAUUGCUAUGGUGCCUGUGGUCACCACCAUCAAAUGAAACUGUAACCUUCUUUUUACCAUAAUCAUUUUUAAAAUACUAAUGAAAGAACUUUCUAGCACUUUACCACUACAUAAAUUGUGCAUUGACUUAUUUUAUUGGACUCUGACAGCAUACCACUUUACAUUUUCUGAUUUGAUUUUCAUUAGUUUUGUUUCCUACUAUAAAAUCAUCAUCCAUGCUCAUUUUUGCUAAUCAAUCAAAAUAUGUGAAGAGGGAAAAAUAUUAGUGGAGGUCUUUACGUGAUGUGAUACACGUAUGUGUAUAUGUAUUUCUAUGCAUACAUACGUGCGUGUGCAUCAGCCCAGUAGAUGUGCAAGUGUCUUAAAAAGCUAUUAACUUCUAAAUCACCUAUAAAGAGAACAUUACUCACCAAAAUAAGGGGGCAGGGGGACCCCAACAGUUUGUAUAAUAGCCAGCCACCUGCUGUUGAAUUUUGAAAAUAAGAUGAACUUAGCAUGGUUUCUAAUUCUUGCUGGCUUUUGUUAACCUCGUUCUUCUUCAACUACCUUAAAAAAUGCAUGUAGUCCAUCUUGAUUUUAGAAACAUCUCAGAGAGAGCGAAGGCACAAUAAGUGAUCAUUUGCUGAUAGAGUCAAGCAAGAAUAUCAUUGGUCAUUAGUGGCACGCACUUAGCUAGUUUGGGAGGAAGGAUUGUCUUGUUGACUCUGCCUUCCCUCAACUCCCGAAAUUCAACCAUGUUUGCUUAGUGUCUCUGAAUAUCUCAUGCUGUUUGUAUUAACGUCUUGGUUAAAUACAGAGGGGAUCCCCUGGCAACAGAAUGGUUUCUAAAGCAGUUGUAUGUAUUAAUGACGGGGAAGAGAUACAGAUUUCUCCUUUGCUCAUUUGUGACAAUUAUUGUUUUCUUUUUGCAGUUUUAAUGCCUUUUACUCUACUGUCUACUCCUUCUCUUACCACCACAGUAUCUGUAAAAACGCAAGAAUUUAGUUGAAAUAUUGAAAUUAUCUUCUUAGUUUUGUAUAGAAUGAAGUCUGCUUCAGGAUGAUUAGGAAGCGUUUUCCGUUUAAAUUAAGAACUGUGAUUGUUGUGUGGCUCUCCAGUCGGUAGAGGAAGACUGCACAGUCUCUUGUGCCAGGUGCACAGUCAGUUCGAGUUUCACACAUUUUCAUUCUUGUUGCUAUUUCGUUUUGUAUUUUCAUCCAGUUUUUUAAAGUGCAGGAUAUUUACUUUGCUCUUGGAGUAAAGGGAACAGGCUAUGAAUGAACUGCCGACAGAAAGGAAAAGUAAGAGGUUGUUCCACUAUGUAGGCACUGGUGGGAAAUUCAUUAUAUUGGUCACAGGGAAACGUGUGAGCCCUUCCCAAGCCUCCCUAGUGUUGGAUAAAACGGUUAAUGAGGCAGAAGGAGUGCAGGUUUCAGACGUGUCGGUCAUACCCUGUCGCCUCCAUCUCCAUCCCCACAUACCGCCUCCAGUCCUGCCCUGGAACCCAAGUUAGGAAGACUGCUGGGGGGAAACCCUGAACCAGGACUGAUGACCCGAAUUCUAAUCCUGUUCUGUAAAAAAGGUACUUGCCAUGGUACCGUGGGAAAGACCCAUAUCUGCACCUCAGAUUCUUGAACUCUGAAGUGGAUAAUGUCGUUUGUCUAGCCCUUCUCCGGGGGCUUUAAAAGGAUCUAAUGAGAUGGUAUGUAUGAAAUAAUUCUUUAGAUGUAAAAAGCUGUCUAUGUGUAAGGUAACAGCAUUGUUCUUACUGUGCUUAAGGGACAAUUUUCUCCCUGCUUCCCUAAAAUUUAUCAGAGCUGUCACAUAGUGUGGAGUAUAGAGUAGACUGCUCCAUAAAUGGCUAACGUGUCUUGGCUACUCACCUUCUGUCACUCUGGUCUAUCCCAAUGCUGUGCCAGUUUAAGAGAUGAUCGCCAGUUUAUCACAAACAGGAUUAAGUACAUGUUGGAAAGAGAACCAAGAUGUGUUUAGUUAAUAGGUUUCCUAUUUUUCAUGAACUAAAAAUUAAUAAAUCUUGACCCAUAACUUGGCUUCUAGUUAUAGCUGAAAGUGGGAGUGUUUGCUCCAGUGACCUGUGGGGCAGGCUAUUUUGGCUCCUUUUUAAAAGAAAAUUAAGGUCCCUUUUGUGUGGGCUUUUUUUUUUCUUCUUCUUCUUACCAUUAACAUUAGGCCUUAGGUUUAAAGCAAUUUUUAAAGUAUGGCUGGCCCAUGAACACCUGGGAGCCCCUGAGAGCCUUUCAGGACAUCUGUGAGAUCAAAACUAUUUUCAUAAUAAUUCAGAGGCAUUAGUUGUCGUCUUUUCACUCUCUCAAAAACAAUGCCAUUUCCCACAAAUCUUUUUUUCUGCUUUAGGAAAUAUAGCUAUUUUCUUACAAAUGUUACUUACGUUAGCAUGUAAUAGAUUUUUCAUUUUUAAAUAAAUGCUUACAGGUUUUUUGGUUUUUUUUUUUUUUCCCUACUCUGGCAAAUAUUGAUGGAUGUAAAGUCCAUAAACAAAAGCUCUUUGGCAUCCAGCUCUCUCAUAAAUUUUAAAGAGUGUAGAGGGAUCUGGAGACCCCAAGGUUUAGAAUUACAAGGUUAGACAGAGGAGCAGGACGUCCUAUUACUGUGUAUAUAUUCUUGCAACUUUAUUUUACAUUUUAAGGUCUUGAUAUUGGACUUAAUGCUGCCUCUUAAUGAUACCUGAAUUGCAGUAUAAGAAAGAGUAUUGAUUCUUGAAACAAAAGCCAAGUGCUUAAUCAGUUAAUACAGCUUUUUGGCCUGUUGGUCAAAGACAACACCCUACUCGGUAGUGAUACUGAUACCAGCCACAGUCCCCUGGCAGCAUUCAUGUGCUAAAGACACGAUAACAAAAUACCGCUUUCCUCAAGAAACAUUUCUUCGUUCGUUUUGUUGUAUUUUGAUUUGGGUUUUACAUUUUUCAAAACACUUUUGCUACCCCUUCUGGUUUUAUAAACUGAGUUUCUUAACUUUUGUUAUAAUUAAAGGGGCUUGUCUGGAAUAAUAAUCUAUUUUUUAUGCUUUUGCCUUUCUUAUGUGAUUGAUACUACAUUCACUUUUCGUCGUUUUUAAUAAAGGUUUAUUUUUGCAGAUAUAUUUAGUACCUUUCUUAAGCAGUAAUUAAAUGGAAAUCAGCCAGUUUGCCUUUAAAUGAGAGAAUGGGCUUAAUGAUCUUCCAAUGGAAUGAUUUCCAGGCCUCCACGAUGCAGUGGUGGUGUCUGGAAUCCCAGAACUGGCACUUUUUUUCUGCCUUUCUGUUUGGAAUAUCACAGUGAAUUAUAUCUGUUUAAAGUAAAUUCAAGGAUUUCUUUUUUUGAUUAUUGACCAAUACAAAUACAAAUGCUGUGUUUGAUUCAUUGUUAACGACGACUUCAAGCUUGAUGAUCUGAUACAAUAACUGUGGAGGUAGCUUUAACUUGGUUCUGUGUAAAUAGCAUGUAUUGUAUUAUAAUUCACAUUUUUAAACACUUGGUUUACAUUAAAUUAUGGUAUUUAACUAUUUUUAUGUUUAUACUAGGUAAGUUUUUUCUUAUGUUCCUGUGUUUUUGGUAUGCUAAAUAAAGCUAUUUUUAAACCCAA